UGUCAGCUGCUGUGUGACAAAUAUGUAUUGCACGUACUGUUUGUUUUAUUUUAUUUUGUAAUAAAAUUCCCUGGUGACGUAUUUAUUUGUAAAGUAUCCUGAAGUGUUAUAAAAAGUGCGUUAAUGUAAUAAUCUUUCAAAAGAUAUAUGAAGUGCAAUUGUGGACUCAUCUUUUCAUAGUUGACUCAUUAAUUAAAGAAAUAUUAUUCGUUCUCAAGGCCGUAUCAAUAAUCGUAUUAUUAGUGAAGUAUUAUGAGAAAUACUGAACAUAAUGGUAGAGGAUAAUGAGCGUGAAUAUGGACGGAGCGUUAAUAAGAAUGUUCUAUUGAAAAUUGUGAUUUUGGGCGAUGGUGGGGUCGGAAAAUCAUGUUUAAUGAGCAGAUUCAUUUCAAAUCACUUUGACGAUCAUAAUUUUCACACAAUUGGUGUAGAAUUUAUGAAUAAGACAACAGAAGUCAAUGGCACACAAUACACAUUACAGAUAUGGGAUACGGCAGGUCAGGAGAGGUUCAAGUCGCUCCGCACGCCGUUCUACCGUGGCACGGACAUCUGCAUCCUGGCCUACGCGGUGGACGACCGCAGCUCCUUCCAAAACAUCAAGAUGUGGCUCAAUGAGUUCUUGCAUUACGCUGGCGUUAAGAACGGAAUCGAGAAGUUUCCAUUCAUCGUUGUGGGGAACAAGUCAGAUGUAUCAUCAAAAGACAGGGAAGUGACAUAUGAUCAGCUGCGGCAGUGGUGCGAAGACAAUAAAAUAGGAACAUACAUAGAAACCUCCGCUAAAACUGCAAACAAUGUGGUUGAAGCGUUUUCCAUGGCUGUGCAAAGAUGGGCAGAUCUAGAACAGAAAGCGGAGAAGGAACUGAGAAUGCUACAUCAUCCUGACACGGUGACAUUACAGGGUGGUAACACUAUGUCAGGUCUGCGUGCGACUUGCUGCUCACGUUUUAGCAACGUAUGAUAUGAGAACCUGCGGGUCUACACAAAGUACAUUGGGUCCCGAGCAAUUUCAUAAUGAACUUCAAAUAUCUAUAGAACUGACUACAACUUUCCAUAAGUCACGUGAUUGCAUGUCAGUUUCAAGCAAUUUUGAAAUUCGCUAUAAAAUCGCUUCAAAACGAAUGUACUUUAUCUAGCACUUUGAUGCUCGACAAUCAUGUUACUUAUCCAAAUGUAUUGUCAGUUCUAUACAAUUUUGAAGUUCUUUAUGGAAUCGCUUCGAAGCGAAUGUACUUUGUUUAGCUUUGACAUGGAAUUCUUUACAAUUUGACAUACUUGAAUACCAGUAUUGGUUUUAAAUUAUAAAAUGCAUCAUAAGUUUUUUUUAAUAAUA